ACCUAAAAUCGUUUUUAGAGAGAGAGAGAGGGAGAUCAACAGUGUGGAGGUGCAGACUGAAGAAUAUGCUUUACAUGACAGCUAAAAAUCCUUUCUCCACCACAACCCCUCCGUCACCCACCGCCGGAAAACCCCCAAUCUCAAAACCCUAAUAAUCCGUUAUUCUGAGGAAAAUAUAAUCGUGCUCGCAAUUAACUUUUCCGACGAAACAAAAUUACGAUAUGUUGAUAUCAUAGUACUGGCUAAUUGUUGAUUCACCAUAGCUCGAUUAUUCUCUCAGCAGUAAUGCGAACUUGUCGUCUUCUUUCUCGCCUCCGCCAUGAACGAUAUAAUUACUCCCAAUUCAGCUGCUCCAUUUCUCGAAUCCAUACCCCCUUCCCCUCACACGAGCCGGAUAAUCCCGAUUUGCAGGAUAAUAAAUUGAGUAAUCAUCCAAACAUACUUCGGCAUGACAUUUCAGGUCAUCGCCCGUUCCCUCAACGGCAGGGUUUGGCGGCAUUUCGAAGCUUCUUCACGGCGAGCUCUUCAUCGAGAGUUGUUCCUCUUUCUAACUUGAUUUCACCUAGUUCUAGCUAUCACCACCAGCUCCAAUUCAGAAGAAGUCUUAUAACGAGAGCUAAAAAGAUUGAGAAAAUUGAAGUUGUGGAUCAUGGCCAGCGAGCAGUCACAACAGCUUUGUGGUGCAACUUUCUUGUUUUUUCUCUCAAAUUUGGGGUCUGGUUAUCCACCUCAAGCCAUGUAAUGUUGGCUGAAACUGUGCAUUCAGUUGCAGAUUUCGCAAACCAGGCUCUUCUUGCAUAUGGUUUAAGUAGCUCACGCCGUGCACCAGAUCGUCUCCAUCCAUAUGGUUAUUCCAAGGAAAGAUUUGUCUGGUCUUUGAUUUCUGCAGUUGGUAUAUUUUGUCUCGGUUCUGGUGCUACAAUUGUUCACGGUGUUCAAAAUUUGUGGACUUCUCAGCCCCCUGAACAUAUAGAGUAUGCUGCUCUAGUGAUUGCUGGUUCGUUCGUUAUUGAAGGUGCUUCACUUGUCGUUGCAAUCCAUGCUGUUAGAAAAGGUGCUGCUGCAGAAGGAAUGACAGUGAGAGACUAUAUUUGGCGUGGUCAUGACCCAACAUCAGUUGCUGUCAUGACAGAGGAUGGUGCUGCUGUCACGGGCCUUGCGAUUGCUGCUGCAUCAUUGGUGGCUGUGAACGCGACAGGAAAUGCAAUGUAUGAUCCUAUUGGUUCAAUUAUCGUCGGAAACCUUUUGGGAAUGGUCGCAAUAUUUCUGAUUCAGAGGAAUCGUCAUGCUUUGAUUGGUAGAGCAAUUGAUGAUAAGGACAUGGAAAGAGUUCUUCACUUCCUGAAAAAUGACCCAGUUGUGGAUGCUGUGUAUGAUUGCAAAAGCGAAGUGAUUGGACCAGGAUUUUUCAGAUUCAAGGCUGAAAUAGAUUUCAAUGGUGUGGUAUUGGUGCAAAACUAUCUAAGCAGAACUGGACGUGAAGAGUGGGCUAAACAGUUUCGGGAGGCUUCAGAGGACAAGGACGAUUCCACCUUGAUGAGGAUCAUGUCAAACUAUGGUGAGGAGGUGGUCACAGCUCUUGGAAGUGAAGUAGAUCGGCUCGAAAAGGAGAUCCAGGAAAUAGUUCCUGGUAUUCGGCAUGUCGAUAUUGAAGCACACAACCCUAUAGUCCCUACACCACCAUAGUUAUAACUAUUACUGCUAUUAAUUCUAUUAUAUUUCAAGAAUAGAACACCAAGAAUCCAGUUUUUCUUAUUGCGAUGGCCCACAUAAUGUGAAUAAUGAGACAUUUCGUGUUAAUAAUGUGUGAUUACAACAUAUGUGGGGUCCUGAAAAAAGAACAGCCUAAAGUCUUCCAAAAAAACAAUAUUCGGAAGUUUCCAGGAAACUUGUCAAAUUUCAGUAGAA